GCGAUGUUGAAACAUGAAGAUUAUUUACUGAGGACACCUCCAGUGAGCAAGAACUCCAGAACACGAGGGAGCAGUCGUGGGAGCAGUUCGGGAAAGAAAAUAGUUGGUUUUGGUGCAAACGUGGAAGAUGGGAAAACCCUUCUGAUGCAGACCAAGAGGGAAGGCACCAAGUCCAGGAAAGGGACAACUUCAGGACCUAGGAAGGAUGCAGGCACAUCUCCUGGGUUGAUGGGCAGCAGCAAAGCGCUUGCAACCACAGGCAUAUCACCGAUCCAGCAUGACACUUCACGGUGCGAAGCCUGUCUUCUGGACCUGGUUGAAGCGAUGAGUCCGAUAUCUGCCCCGGGACACCUCUGCAGAGAACCUGACGGCAGGAACAAAAUGCACACGCCUCGUCGUGCGAGCCACAGGCUGUCAUCAUCAUGGCACCAGAGCCCUGGCAGCUCCAGGAGCAGAGCAGAGGAGAUGGAGGAGAGCCGGCUCCUCGAGGAGAUUUUUUUCAUUUGAUACAACUCAUUGGUCUACAGCCAAUUUUUAAAUUAUUUGAGUGACAACUGCUUGUUUUUCCUCUUCUAAAACAUAGCUAAUUAUCAUCCAGUUUCAUUUUGGAUUUAGUAAUCAUGAUGCAAGUAUAUUGUUGGGGUAGGCCAGUCCAAAAGCGUUAGCUUUUUUCUCUAAACCUUUCAUGUGCCAAGUAAUCAAUUUAAAAUAGAAUUUUUUUUAAUCUACAACAUUUUCUAAUAGAUUGAAGUCACAGUUUUGCCAGCCUCAUAUCGGAAGUAUAUUUCAUUAUCGAUUUUUUGGCUCUAAAGCAGUUUGCAAGAACUGCCUAACAUUCAAGAACCAGCAUGUUCGAAGUAGAUUAUUUUCUAAUUAAACAAGUCUGUUUAAAACCUGGCAUAUUAUAAAGGUACAAGCACUUUAUUACUUUUUCACUGAUUUUUAUGAUCUACUUUUUUCUUCAACAUUCUGAUAUUUAACACUGAGUUUUUAGGGGAUAUAUCGUAAGCUCAACUCUACAGUGUCUGAUAAUGUUAGUAGAUGAUGUUACAGGUUGAUGUACUAGGCACCCGUUUGAAUUAUAUUUCUCUUUAAAUCAGUGCUAUUUGACAGAGUUUAUGUGCUUGGUAACCUAACCCUGAAAUAGCAGAACAGAGUCAGACGUUGUAGAGGUCCAAAACCUAUUUGAUGUACUUUUCAAGAUGAAAUACAUAGUAGUUGUAGUAUAAGAGCAGUCUUAAGACAUUUUCACUAACUUGCACUAUUUUGAUCCUGUAUCCAGGCUCCAUUGUAAAUAAGACAAAUCAGUAAUUAUUUCCACUAGCGGCUCGCGAAGCACAUUUUCCUGACGGCUUUAAUUAUUCAUGCUGUAUCUAUUUCAGUUUAUUUAAAUGCACUUCCAUCUACUGCAUGUACUUGGUUAUUUAAAGAAAUGUGCCGAAUUGGUAAAAAUGACUGCAGAUUACAGGAUUAAUGGUCAUUUUCUCCACAAUGCAGUGUUCAUAUUUUAUUGUAACAGUAGCCACCGGCAUGUGUUCCUAGAAAUAUGAGGCUAAAAUACUCAUUUUGCACAGUAAAAUUGCAGCGAGGGAAAGGUAGAAUUGAGCCAGCGCGGGCAAGUUCUAGGCCAUUUGCUCCCAAACUCCAUUUCGUGGGCCAGUACCGCUUUUCAGAUGGUCUCUUUAGGCAACCCUGCUUAUCUUAAUGGCAGGGGGUUGCUGUGCUGAUCCUUGGGGUAUGGCUGCUGCCUGCCUCCCUCACGCUGACUCCUGUGCAAUGCUCUGCAAGGAGCUCACAAGGCUUGGGAGCACAAUGAGAGCAUUGGUGUACCUGCCCCUGGCAGCACUGUGCUCUCAUGGCAACAAAACAAAAGGAGGAUGAAGGGGAAGAAGAACCUCAGGUUACUCUGGGCUGCUUCGCUCAGGCCCAGUUCUUAAUCACAAAUUAGGUGAUACCGUUUUUGUGCAUCCCAGCUGAAUCUUAAAAGCUGCUUGGAGGAGUUUAAAGGAGGGAAGCAGCAUUGCUGGACCAGAAAAUUACUACUGUGGAAAGCCCCUGUGUGGUCUGUCCUGGUUUUAGUUACGUAUUACAGUUCUUUGGAAUAUGUCCAUCUGCUGUUGAGUGUCCCGCUCGUUCUACUCCCUGAGCCUGUGAAGGCACAGGUUUGUGCUAAGAGCCCCAAAGAUGUAUUCAGUGCCCUGACCCGAGUAUAGCGAGUGGGGAAAUAAGUUUUCUCAUUCUGCUGGCUGAGUAGUCAGCCAGCCCUUGAAAAGGGCAGGAAAAAGGAGGAGAAAAAAGAUAAAAAUGUACAAAGACCAGCAGGAAAACUGGGGAUAACCAUGAAGAAAUGACUGUCACAUAAAUCUUAAAGUUUGGGGUUUCUUUAUGGAGUUUUUUAGUUUUGUUAGUGUUUUUUUUCGUUAAGGUUUGGCAUUUAUAAAGAAACAGUUCUCUGAUUUCAGUCCAAUUUCUUCUCUUCUCUUUUCCAGUUUGACUGAAACUUUAAUUGCCUUUUCUAAUAAGUGCUAACUGACCUUUCGAAACAGCAAAAAAUACAUGUCUAUUUCUUGAAAGGUGCCUUUGUGUACCCAGUCGAGAACACUACGUUGGGAGCAUUCUCUUCUUUGGUUCUUUUGUGGGUGCCAAUAUUUAACUACUUUAGAUUCCUUAUGAUCCAUUUUGUCCAUAAGAAUUUGUAGUUAUGAAGGUGAUUUUUGACUUGAAUCUGUAUUUUGGUUGUAGCUCUUUUUGAAAGGACAUUGUCAAGUUUGUGGGCUCUAUGCUUAAGGUGCUGUCCAUCAGUCAGAGCUACACGGGAGGCAUAUCUUCACAAAGCAAAGGUUUCUAGAAUAAAGAUGGUUAAAACGUCUGAUGGCUGAAGACCUGUAUGCUUUAAUUCUCUGUGAGAUGUGAACAAAGAAACAAAACCUAUUAAUUUCAUAGACCCUGUGGAAAAUCAUUUUUUAUAAUGCUGGCUCUUGCUCUAGUUAUCAGCAGUACAUUAGGAAUAGUGUUUAGCAGUCAGUGCAAGCAAAGAUAUUUUGCCAUGAGGCACUACAAAGUUGAAGUUAUUAAAACAUUUAUAGCCUUAGAAAAAAAAAAUCAAUGAUUGUCAAAUAGGAAAGGACAAAAUCAGUAGUUGGGACUGGGAGGGGAAUUGUUUUCCAUCUGCUAAAACAGUGGAGGAAAUGCAAAAAUUAAGCUAGCAAAAGCAAUCACUUGACAGUGUCCUUUUAAGUUUAAGCUCCUAUAUUGGGAGCUGCCAAGUUAGUCCAGCCAUGGACUGUUUGUCCAGAGUGUCCCCAGUGAAUAUUCUCCAGCUACACAUGUGGAUGUGUUUUACGUGAGGCUUUGUGGAGUGACGUGGCUUUUCUAAGGCUCCCACCCAGGCCUUCAAUUUUUGUCCUUCCUCAGAUGUUCGUACACACACUUGAUGUCUGUUUGUGUAGUUACUGCUUUUGUGCACUUUGCACACCAUGGACCUGUAGUAAUCACACCUUUUCCAUGUCUAGCCUCUCCAGUGUUGCUGUUGAAUCCCAUCCUGAGUACAUAUUUAUAUAUGUAUGUGAGGUCUUAAUCUAAUAAAUUAUCUGGGAGUUUCAUUUA